AUGCUGACUCGCCAAAGAUUUAAUGCUGCCAAACUCCUGGAGGUUGAGGGGAAUACAUCAAAAGAAACUUGUUCAUCAGAUGAUAAUGCAGAAGAUGAAAUGAAUUAUUCUGAACACGACACCAAAUCUACUUUCUCAGACUAUUCAGGAAAUUCUGAGGACUCAAACGAUAAUAAUUGGGUUUCUGAUAAUAAAAACGCGAAACAGAAAAAGCAACCUGUGCGAAAAAAAGUUGGUCCUUCAAAAUUGGUAAAUGAAGUGAAAUCAGCGGAAGUUCCUUCCAAACCAAUUUCUACUAGUGGGAAGGAAAGCGUUGCUUCUGGUGGAAAUGUAACAAAAAAAUCCAGUUCAAAAAACUCGAAUUAUUCAAAGCAAGGCAUUUCCAAUUCGAAAAAUAAUGCUGCUCAGACGUUCUAUUUAGAAGAAAUUCUAAAGGAGAUUGUAAUUUGUACAAACAUUCGAUUGCUCUAUAAGCGAAACAAUAAUAAUGCAACGGAGAAAGGAAAUAAUGAGGACACAACUAUACCUAAAAUCAGAGCUCUGUUUGGAAUAUUGUAUAUGGCCGGUGUCUUGCAAAUGUCUCGUACAAAUUCACAAGAGCUUUGGAGUAAUAGCGAUACUACAGCGCCACAAUUUUUUCGUCUAGUAAUGAGCCAGAAUCGAUUUAAGGUUUUAUUGAGUACUCUACGUUUUGAUAAUAUUGAAACGAGGGAAGAGAGACGUGCUCUUGAUAAACUUGCACCUAUCCGGAAAAUAUUCGAUGAUUUCAAUAAAAGAUUGCCUGAAUUGUACAUACCAGGAGAAUGCUGUACCAUCGAUGAAAUGUUACUGGCUUUUCGGGGAAGGUGCCCGUUUAAACAGUAUAUUCCCAGCAAGCUGGCAAAAUAUGGUAUAAAAAUUUUUAGUCUUGCCGAUGCCCAUACAUUCUACACCAUCAAAAUGGAAGUAUACCUUGGAGUACAACCUGAUGGGCCAUUCUACGUUGAUAACAAACCGAGCAAUGUAGUCAAAAGAUUGGCGAUCCCGAUUGCGAACUCGAACAGAAAUAUAAUAUUUGACAACUGGUUCACUUCAUUUCCACUGAUCGAAGAACUUCUUAAUGAUUACAAUUUGACAGCAGUGGGUACUGUGAGACAAAACAAACGAGAGCUUCCACCGACUUUCGUGCAAACUAAAAGCAGGGCUGUUAAAUCCACUCUCUUUGGUUAUCAACAAAAUGCUGUUCUUCUCUCCCACGUGCCAAAGAAAAACAAAUCAGUCGUUCUUGUUUCCACUGUGCACGACACGGGUGAAAUCGAUCAUUCAACUGGCGAGAAAUUUUUACCAGAAAUAAUUUCAUUUUACAAUUCAACAAAGGGUGGCGUUGACGUUGUUGACAAACUUUCAGCGAAAUAUAACGUCGCUCGGGAUACUUACAGAUGGCCACUUGUAAUAUUCUUUGGAAUUCUAAACGUUGCAGGCAUCAACAGUUUCGUCAUCUAUUCUCUAAAUUCCGCGAAAGAAAUUCAGAGAAGGACAUUCUUGAAGACUUUGGCCCAUGAAUUGGCGAAACCUCAAGUUUUACAAAGAUCUUCAAUUCGAUCACUUCAAUUCAACCUGCGAAAGGAGAUGCAAAGAUACCUUGGAUUAGAUCAAGGAUCAGUUUUAGCACUUGAAGGAUCAAAUAUAUUAGGAUCAAGUUUAGGACUUGAUGAAUCUCAUCUCUUAGGAUCAGUUUUAGCACUUGAAGGAUCAAAUAUAUUAGGAUCAAAUGACAAAGAGUGGUUAAAAACACUGGAAGUCAAUGCUGCAGGUUACAUUUGCGGACAAAAAAUGCUGAAUGCUGCGCGAAAAGCUCCAAAUGAACAACCUGCAGUUGCAGAAGGAGCUAUAAAUGAAGAACCAAAAGAUGACAGUUCGCUUCAAGAUGCUGAAAACGAUGCGCAGAUUCCUGAAGUUAAUGAAAAUAAAGUUGAAAUUAUUGAAGGAAGUGGUAUCUUUGUUACUCUGAUGGAAGAAAAAAAUUUAAUGUCCUUGAAAAAUAACCCCAAAAAAAUGACAACUAAAUUAGUGGUGUAUUUAUUUGGGAAAGAAAAAUUAAAAUCAAUGUCCCGAACGGGAAAGAGGAAUCAUGAGGCUAUCCCUGAAAACGUUUUAAACACUGUAGAAGGUAAAUUUUCGUAUUUCGACAUAGCCGUGAAGAGAAAAGGCUAA